AUGGAAGGAUGCAAAAAGCUUGUCCUUGUGGCUCUGGUUUUGGCCUUGGCCAUUUUCUCUGAGCCCAUGGUGGCCAAUGCUCAGACACUCUGCCGCAUGACCAAAGAGGGUCUCAAGGCAUGUGAGCCAUCCGUCAACGGCCCAAACCCUGCUCCUCCAUCCGCCGCAUGCUGCUCGGCUCUUUCCAAUGCCGACAUGCAAUGCCUGUGCCUUUUUAAGAACUCCAGGCUGUUGAAUCUCUAUGGAAUUGACCCCAAUCUCGCCUUGGCGCUCCCCUCUAAAUGCAAUCUUCCCCAAACCCGUUGCUAG